AUGGAUAACACAGGUAACACUGAACGAAUACCUACACUUCCUUAUUCAUUUACCAUCCUUCAUUCAUCGAAUUCAAAACUUCAGAUCUCUCGCCAUGUCACAAUAUCUCACGUAUUCUCCAAUAUAAGACUCGAACGCGUUCCUUCCGAUUGGUUCAGGAGCCCCAUAUUGUUCACAAUCAGCCCAGAUUCAAGUUUGGAACUUGGAGAGUGGUCAGGAAAGUACUGGCUUGUUAAAACAAGAGCAGACCCUAAUGAUCGGGAUUACGAAAGAGGUUUAGUUUACCACAUUCUGGCUAAUCUCUUGGGUAUGAUUUACCUUGAAAGAACCGUAAACUAUAGCAGAAUCUUCUGUGAGAAUAAAUCUUUGCCAGUCCUGGCUGGUACCGUCGAAGAAUGUAUUCAAAAAUGGAGUAUUGAUGUUCCCAAGAAAGAUUCAAUUCAGCAAUCGUUUUCCAUGGCACCUCCAAUAAUAUCCCCAAUGUCCGAACCCCAUGAUACCGCACAAUUGGAAACCGAUCCUCUCGGGUUUAUCUACAUGAAAUACUAUAGUGCUCUAUAUUCCUUGAAUACUCCGCUAAGUUACUUUCCCAAGAUGGCAUUAUCACGGUUCAAAGUCCUUUGCGCAAAGAAUAACGAUACAGCAAGAGAGUACCUUUUGAAGCUCAUUUUAUCCAACGAAGCGUUCCAUCAAAGGCAUGGUGGACCCCAUGGACUAAUAAGAAAUGUGGCUUUUUCGUCGAAUUCUGUAAUAGAGGAGACUUACAAAGAUAAAUUAUGGGAUCUGCAACCGGAAAUAAGUCAGUUCAAAAAUAAUGAUGAAGAGCUGAAUGCUGCGGAUUCUGAUUUGGAUCAAAUCAGAGCCAUCGCCUCGGCGCUUAAAGUACGAGAGGCUCACCUACAAAUACUUUUGAUCUUUGAGAUUCUAGAUUACGGAAGUGUUCACGAAGAAUCACUUUUAGCACUGAACAAAGAACAGCAAGAACUCAUUCUCAGACCUCAGCAAAUAAUCAAGAAAUCGCUAGUCCGAAAACGCAAAACAAAAAAGAAAGUGGUGCCCACAUUUCUUGGAAUGGGCGUAACGCUUGAUGAGGAAAUUAAGGCAACACCAACAAGUCCCAGUACAAAUACUGUUAAUGAGAAAAAUCUUAUUGCGAUACUCGACACGUUAAUAGAGAAUCUCACCUUAUGGGAUACCCUUGAGGAAUCUACGAAAGGGAAGAAAAAGGAAUCUUCCUUAGGAUUCUUUGCCUAUGUUCUAGUGCCCUACUUCAACAAGAGACUUCCAGAAAUCACAAAAUAUGUCAUUGAAAAGAUCAAGCCUCAUGAAAAAUCACGAGGGCGUCUGAGACUGGUCUCUUCUGAGCCUGCAAAAGGGCAGGUACCGUCGGGUCAGGAGUCGCUGAGAUCAAAUCGUAGCACACGGUUCCAAAAAGUGCAUCUUGAUCCUCAAAAGAACCCAAAUCUUAAACGCUCCAACAUUUCUCUUGCUAGUAGCGAAGACCUCCUACCUGCCAUGUCUUUGAAAAGAUCAAAGUCGAACUUGUCUUCCAAAAAUUUGCAACGGCGACAAGUUGACAUGUCUUUUCCCAAACCUGAGGGCGGCAAGGAGAAAAGAAAGAAACUCAACAGGCUGCAAAGUUUGUACGAUCCACCAACUUCAACAGAGUCCAUUUUUGGAAAUGCUAAAAAGGCGACCAGAUCGUUUGCUGCUGAUCUAGGAACUAUCAUUUCUACUCCUGUAAAAGAGAAAGUAUCCCAAAUCUCUGAGACUCCCAGCACAUCCCAUCAUGUUUCCAAUGGCCAUGAAGUGGUAGUAACACCAGAGGAGAGGUUUGUUUUGCCAACAGUAACGAGUGUUAAAUCAUCUGGAAUGAGAAACUUGUCAGAUAAAUUGUACGCGGCAGCAAAUAUCGCAGAACCCAAUGACAUUCACAGCACAUAUACAUCGCCAGUGAAUUCGCAACAGGCUAUCGUAAGCUCAGUGGAAAGAAACCAUAUAGAGGAAACACCAAAGGAUGGUUUGAUCAUAUCGUCACCGCAGAAACUGUCUACCAAGCGCAAGCCUGGCGAGCCGGUAUCGAUCCAAGAGUCUCCAUUUUUCCAUACGAGCCUCAAUGGGUCACCGACGUCUAGUAACCAACGCACUGGAGUCUUUGGCAAGAUUGCUAGAAGAAAACGUUAG